AUGAAGCCCUACGACGGGUCUAAGGACCCAAAGGACUACGUAGAGGUCUUUGAGGGCCUCAUGGACUUCCAAGCGAUGUCUGACGCCAUUAAGUGUCGAGCCAUUCCGAUCGCUCUCACGGGGAGUGCUCGGCUCUGGUACAGAAGGCUGCUGGCGAGGUUGAUCUCGACCUAUAGUCAGCUGAGGAAAGAGUUCAUUAGCCAAUUCUCUUUUCGGCAUUACGAUAGAAAGACUGCCACCCACCUCGCCACCAUCCAACAGAAGGAAGGCGAGACUUUGAGAGAGUACGUGACCCGCUUCCAAGAGGAGCAGCUUAAGGUUAAACUGGGCGAAGAAGCACCAUCAACCUUCGUUGAGGUCCUGCAGAAGGCCAAGAAGGUCAUAGAUGGGCAAGAGCUGCUUAGAACCAAGCUAGGUCUGACAGACAAGAGGUUCGACCAGAGGAAAUCAGGUGGCCAGGACAAAGGGAAGUCUGAUCCUAAGUCCAAAGACAAGGGAUCGUCUUCUCAACCCUCUAAGGGCCGAUCUGACUACAGGAGAUCCGACUCGGACUCCAAUCGAAGGGGGUCUUAUGAAAGGUACACCCCAACCAUUAUUCCGAUCUCCGAUAUCCUCACCAACAUAGAGGAAAAUGGGUUGGAGAAACUCUUCAAGCAUAGCAAGGACAGGUACUGCCGUUUCCGCCGCGACCACGGCCAUGAUACCUCAAGUUGCUGGGAGUUGAAGUGCCAAAUUGAAGACUUGAAUCAAGAUGGCUACUUCAAGACGUAUGUUCGUAAGCCGGGCUCGAGCUCAGUAGAAAAGAAAGAAGAGAGGAAGCAUUCAAGGACGCCAUCAAGAAAGGAUGACCGACCUGCGGUCAUUAAUACCAUCUUCGGAGGCCCGAGUGGGGGCCACUCAGAAAGUAAAAGGAAGGAGCUAGCUAGGGAAGCUCGGCGCGAAGUCUGCAUCAUCCAGGAGCAGAAGCCGACCUACCCUAUCUCCUUCUCCGACUCUAAUCUUGAGGGGGUGCAUUUGCCCCAUAAUGACACCUUGGUGAUUUCGCCGCUGAUCGACCAUGUGCAGGUCAGAAGGGUGUUAGUCGAUGGAGGUGCUUCAGCCAACAUCCUAUCUCUCACCACUUAUUUAGCACUAGGAUGGACCAGGGCACAGUUGAAGAAAAGUCCUUAG